AUGCCACUUCGAACCUAUCUAUAUAAUCGAUUGAGUGCUCAAAAAUUUCGACUCAAUGGUAUUCUGCCAUCAGUUAGCCUGCCAUCAAAGGAAAAUUUGCGACAGUUUUUUUCUGAUCACAUUCUUUUUAACGAUGACCAACUUCCACCAAAAGUUGAUCUUCGAUCAGAUAUGACACCUGUUGAAGACCAAUCAAGAAUUGGUAGUUGUACGGCUAACUCACUUGCAGGUACACAAAUAAAUGAUAUACAUUUUUCUGUUUUAGUAACAUGCCUUAUUAUAGGAGCCUACGAAUAUUUGAUGAAAAAAACAACUGGUUCAUACGUCGACGUAAGUCGUUUAUUUAUUUAUUACAACGGACGAUUUAAGAAGGAUCCAAAUACUCCAAUAACUGAUAAAGGCUGUUCAAUGACAAAAGCUAUUGAAGCAUUGGAAGAGUAUGGAACUUGUUUUGAAUCAGUUUGGCCGUACAAUAUAUUAUCUGUUAAUGUAAAACCUUCUGAUGAAAGUUUUGAACAAGCUAAAAAUUAUCAAAUAACAGAAGCGUUGAAAAUAAAUAUAAAUUUAAGCGAAAUGAAAGCUUGUCUUGCACAAGGUUUUCCAUUUGCAUUUGGUUUACGACUGUAUAAAUCCUUUGAUAAAGCUGCUACAACUGGUGUUGUACCGAUGCCAAAUGAUACUGAACAAGGUCGAACAGAACAUGGCAGACAUGCAAUGUUAGCUGUUGGUUAUAGUGACCAAUCAAGAGCAUUUAUUGUUCGAAACUCAUGGGGAGAAAAAUGGGGUGAUAAAGGAUAUUGUUAUAUUCCCUAUGAUUAUUUGACAAAUCCGGAUUUAUGCUUCGAUGCAUGGACCAUUCGUCAAGUGGAAAAGGAUGAUUUAGGUCAUGAUUAUUGGGAUCAUGAUGAUUCUAUUGAUUAUCAAAUGAAAGCAUUAGAUGUUGAUGAUAAUGAUGACGAUCAUGAAAUUCAAGAGAUUGAUGAAGACGAUGAAAGCGAUGGAAGUGAAAGUGAAAGCAGAGGCAGAGGACAUGGAAGAGGAAGAGGCAGGGACAGAGGCAGAGGUAGAGGAAGAAGACAUAAAGGAGAAGGUGGCAGCGAUUCAGAUGAUUGA